AUGAGCAAUGCGCCACGCACCCGAUGGGGACCCGUUCGGUCGCUGUUGUGUCUCGCGCCUCUCUUCGUCCUCGCUCCCUACUACGCCUACCGCCAGCACUACGCCUUACCCGAGCCCAUCACCGAACUAAUCAACCCGUCGACAUCUCUGCCACAAAUCUCGGAAGCCCAAAUCCUCGCGCACGCAAAAUACCUCUCUGAAGACAUCGGGUACCGCACGGUCGGCACUGCGGAGCAUGCGCUCGGGGACGCGUGGAUGGUCGCGCAGGCGGAGAAGGUGCGCGCGCAGUGCGAUGACGCCGUGCGCGCCGUGCCAGGGCGCAAGCUGGAAUGCGAGGUCUGGCACCAACGGGGUAGUGGGCACCAUCGGUUCGACAUGAUGGGCCGUCGGUUGUACAAGACGUACGUCGACCUCACGAACAUCGUCGUGCGCUUGUCGGACGGCACGGACGCGGGAAAAGAGCAUGCGGUCUUGGUGAACUCUCACCUGGACAGCACGCUGCCUUCCCCCGGAGCGGCCGACGAUGCUCUCCCGGUUGGUGUGAUGCUGGAGUGUAUCCGCGUACUCGUGGGGACGCCAACUUGGGAACCAAAACAUGCAAUUGUAUUUUUAUUCAACAACGCGGAGGAAUCGCUUCAGGAUGCUUCACAGCUAUUCUCAACCCAGCACCCUAUUGCACACACGUACGCAUGUUACAUUUCGCUCUGUCCUCCCUGCGCCUUGUUGCUGACGGUGUCGUGUGAUGCAGCUGCCGGCACUACUGGCCCCGAGCUUCUCUUCCAGGCGACCUCGGAACAGAUGAUUAAAGCUUAUUCAAAAGUACCUAGGCCGUAUGGCUCUGUGAUAGCUAAUGAGAUAUUCACCUCUGGAAUCAUCUUGUCGGACACCGACUUUAGACAAUUCGAACUUUACUUGAACGUAACCGGACUAGACAUGGCCAUUGUCGGCAACAGCUACCUGUAUCAUAUGCGCAAGGACCUUGUAGAAAACAUCGAACCGGGCGUCGCCCAACACAUGGCCGAGAACACGCUAGCUCUCCUCCACCACCUCACUUCUUCCGAAUCGCCUCUUCCCGAACUCGCAAGUGCUGGUUACUCUAAGCCCCAGACGGUCUUCUUCCAAUACUUUGGCAUGUUCCUCGUAUACUCCUUCACCACGGCCAAGAUCAUGUAUGCCACCAGCUUUAUCCUCGCCCUCAUCGCCACCCGCGUUACCUACGUCGACCCCUCACCGGCCCUCAAGAAGGGCACAAGUUUCGUGGGGGAGCAGGCACGCGGCUUCCUCGUUGUGACGGGCUCCUUCGUGGGUGCGGCAGUGGGAGCGAAUGUCGUUGCCUUCCUCAUGGAUACAGUCCUUGGUCGCUCAUUGAGCUGGUUCUCGUCGAUAUUCGCGUGCAUCUUCCUCUAUGGGCCGGCGGCGCUCACAGGAGCACUUGCCUCUCAACUCCUUUUCGGUCGGAUCCGGGAGAAGACUGCGUUCACGUCGAUCGCCGUCUUACAAACCUUCAUUGCCGUUCUGACGCAGAUGUUCAACAUCGGGUCGGGAGGCGCGUUGUUCCUGUCCUCGGCACCGCUUGUUCCUGCCAUGUUGCUCAACUCGAUGCUCACCAACCCCGGCGAUGACAUCUCGCUCUGGGCGUACGCACUUGGCCAGAUCAGCCCUCUCGUCACGGGUACCAUGCUGUCCUGCGCCGUCUUGGAUGUCUUUGUGCCCCUGACCGGCCGCAUUGGCGAGGAGGCACCUGCGGAGUACAUGAUUGCGAACAUCGUUGCCGUCAACGGAGCGUACAUCGUACCUCUCGUCAUUCCCUUCGUACACCGCUUCAGCCACCGCAUCCUCGUUCGUGCGGUCAUCUUGUUGUCGAUGGUCACCGGGAUCUCUAUGGCUUUCUUCGCCAUGCGGUCACCUUUCGAUGACAUGCACCAGAAGCGGCUGUUCGUCAUCCACAUGGAGAAUAUUACGAGCCAGGAACAGCACCUUCAUGUCGCUGCGGCGGACGCUGCUCCCCGUUUCCACGAUCUCGCUGUCAGUAUCGCGAAAGAGUUCAGCAUCCCUGGAGUUACCUCUGAGACCCAAGUCAUGGAUGACUGGAACAGUGACUGGGACACCAUGUACCCCUUCUCCGCUUUCCUCACACCGUACAAAUUCGACCUCCCCCUACGCGCGGAGCACCAAGACAUCCCGCUCAAGCACGACCUCACCAUCUCCGCCGUGAACAGCACUGUCGAUGCUGCCGCCGGCACCCGCACCUUCACGCUCAUUGUCACCCACCCGGGCAUCAUCUGGACUGCGAUCGCCUUCGACGCGCACGUCAUCAAGUGGGGCCUGGACGACAACCCCCCGGACGAGCACGCGCGGCACCACAUCAAGGAGGCGAGCUUCUACGGGGUCGACCAGUGGUCCGUCGACCUCGUCACGAAGCUCGCGCCGGGGGAUGAGACGGGCGAGGUCAAGGUCAACUACGUGGGCAUUCAUGAGAAGGCGAUGUGGCCGGGCAAGCGCGCGGAGAAAGAGCAGGGCGGGCGGGCGAUGAAGCUGUUCGAGGAGAUGGACACCUGGCUGGAGAAGGAGACGAAGGGGAGCGUGGAUGCGAUGUUCCUAGGGUGUGUUGGGGGUGUGGACGUGGUAUGA